AUGGAGGAAUCUUCAUCAGGAGCUAUGAUCAAACUCACUGCCACCAAUUACACACUGUGGAGGCCUCGGAUGGAAGAUCUCCUUAGUUGUAAGGAUUUGUAUGAUCCCUUGGAAGCCAAAGGUGAAAACCCCGAUCCUACCAAAGAGGCGGAGUGGAAGAAGCUAAAUAGAAAAACUAUCGGUCAAAUUCGACAAUGGAUUGACCAUAGUGUUUUUCACCAUGUAGCACAGGAGACAGAUGCAUAUGCUCUCUGGAAGAUUCUGGAGGACAUGUACCAAGCCAAGAUCGCUCGAAACAAAGCCCUGUUGAUGAGGCGUUUGGUGAAUCUGAAGUUAAAGAGUGGAACUUCAGUUGCUGAGCACACCAGUGAAUUUCAGAGCUUGGUAAACUAA